AUGAAACAGGAUGAAGCUCUGAAAUUGUUCUGUAGGCAUGCUUUUGGAACGGAUUCUCCCCUUGAGGAAUUCGAGAAACUGUCCUCAGAUAUCGUUGCUGCUACUGCCGGGCUUCCUUCAGCGCUCGAGGCGAUAGGUUCAUCUCUGUUUCUUGUAAAAUCAAAGAAAGCGUGGAGGGAAACAUUGACUGCAUUGGAAGCAGCUCCUCAUAAGAGAGUCCAAGCAGCCUCGGAGAAGAGCCAUACCAACCUAGAUAAGAAUGAACGGCAGAUAUUUCCUGAUAGUGGACUAAAAAUGGACAAUAGUCACGUCACCAGUCAUUCCUCAUCUAUGUCUAGACGACCACCUCCCGAAGUUUUCCUGAGUUUCAGAGGACCGGACACACGCAGACACUUUGCGAAAUUCCUGCACAUGAUGUUGACUAAAGCUGGCAUUGAUGUCUUUUUAGACGAGAAAGACCUGCCGAAAGGCAAUGAUAUCAACGAUGAGCUGAUUGCCGCGAUCAACCAGUCCAUCAUAUCCAUAGUCGUCGUCUCUGAGGACUACGUGUCCAGCAAGAGCUGCCUCAUGGAAUUGGAGCAGAUGUUGAAACGGAAGGAUAGUGAGAGUCACACCAUUAUCCCUAUCUUCUACUAUGUCGACCCGUCGGAUGCACGCCGCUGCAAGGGCCCUUUCGCAAGGUCCUUCUGUGGACACAAUGAUUCCGGCGUCGAUGCCAUAGUCAUUCGCUCCUGGAAGUCUGCUCUCUGUCGAAUCGGAAAAAUGAAAGCAUACCAUCUCCAUGAAAACAAUGAAGGGGACCAUGUCAAUCUCAUGGAGGAAAUAGUCCAUGAAGUUAAGCAGAAGCUGAACAAGGAGGACCUAAAACAGUUAGUCGGAGUCGAUGCUCAUGUGAAACGCAUAAUGGAGAAGAUGGACGUUGACUACCGCAAUGGGCAAGCAGUUAAAAUAGGGGACACACGUGAAAAGGUGUUAGGAAUAUCUGGCAUCGCCGGGGUGGGUAAGACUGUCCUGGCGAAAUAUAUUUAUCAUCAACUUCGUCAUAUGUAUGAUGGUCAUAGCUUUUUUGGGAAGAUCCAAGCUGAAAUCGAACGUGGCAACAUCCUGUCUGUGCAGAAGCAACUAAUUUCCGACCUUGGUGAUGGAAAUGCCCACAAGUUCAAUUGUUCUGAUGAAGCUCUGAUCUUUAUUCGGAACAGGUUUAAAAGAAUGAAGAUCCUCCUCCUCCUUGACGAUGUGAAAGAUCAUGAACAGCUCAGCAAAUUAGUCGGAAAGCUUGAUUGGCUUGGUCUGCGGAGCAGGGUCAUUGUGACAUCCCAAAGAAAGGAUGUCCUUAAGAACAUUGAUGGUGCGGAAACUUUUGUCCUUGGACUGAUGGAAAAAGAUGAAGCUCUGACAUUAUUCUGCAGGCAUGCUUUUGGAGCGGAUUCUCCCCCUCAGAAAUUCAAGGAUCUGUCAAGAAAUAUUGUUGCUGCUACCGGCAGGCUUCCUUUAGCACUCGAGGUGGUAGGUUCAUCUCUUUACCUUGUAGACUCGGAGGCAGUUUGGAGGGAAACAUUGGAUGCAUUGGAAAUUGCUCCUCAUGACAAAGUCAUAGCAGCCUUGGCGAAGAGCUAUGGCAACCUAAAUGAUGAAGAACGACAGAUAUUCCUUGAUAUAGCAUGCUUCUUCAUCGGAGAGGACAAUAGAAUCCCCUAUUACAUGUGGGAUGACUGUAACUACUCUCCUUCUAAAUCGAUUCUAGCUCUUAUUGCCGCUUCUUUGGUAAAAAUCGGAGAGGAUAAUGAACUAGGCAUGCAUGAAAUCCUGAAGAAUUUUGGCCGGGAAAUUGUCAGGAAUCAAAACCAAGAUAAACCUUACAAGCGCAGUAGGCUGUGGGACGACAAAGCACUGCGUGUGCUAAAAAGAAGGAAGGGUACUGGGGAAGUUGGACCCUUUGGGCUCGAGUUUGGUGACGGAUCCGAAGGGCAUACCAGUUUUGAUUGUGAUCAAUUUGAUGGUUUAGAGAACUUCGGCUUCCUCAAUCUUGAUCGGGUCAAUAGUCAGGGAAACUUUGGGGAUCGUCUUUCCAGCUUAAUGUGGCUUGAUUGGCCGGGGUGGCCUAAGAAUAUUGACUUUCAAACGCUAAAUCUGGGUUUGCAAAAUUUGGUGGUUCUUGAUUUGUCGUGGAGCCAGGUCAACAAAGACUGCAGUGGUUGGAAGCUGCUUGAGGAGGCAAGAAAACUGAAAGUUUUGAGACUAACUGGUUGUGCCCAAUUGAUUGCCACUCCGGAAUUUCCAGCUUCAAUGGAGCUGGAAAGACUUAUUCUGGAAGGCUGCUCUAAAUUAGCAGUUAUCCAUCCAUCAUUUGGUAAUCUGACGAAGUUGGUAUAUUUGAACUUGAAGGGAUGCAGUUGCCUCAGUGAAUUGCCAGAUUUUGGUCCCAUGACAGGCUUGAAAGAGCUGGUGAUCGAUGGAACUUCCAUCACUCGGAUUGAUUUCCAAGAAGGUUCCAUGAGGAAGCUCAAAACUCCCAGUGCCUGUGAUUGUAAACACCUGACUGAAAUAACCGAUUUGAUCAGGUGCUUAGAGUCUCUCACAUAUCUCGCUCUAGACGGCAGUGAUAUCGUUACCCUCCCAGAGCCCAUUGGAUCGCUGGAACAACUGGAAACACUGUCUCUGAAGAACUGCGAGAGGCUAAUCGACCUUCCAGAUGGAAUAGGGAAGCUCACGUCACUGCAAGUGCUGGACUUAUCGAGCACUGCAAUUAACAAGUUACCAACGUCAGUCAAGGAUUUGAAAGAUAUGAAAGUGCUUCGGAUGAGGCGUACUUUCAUAAGGGAGUUCCCCAGAGCUGUACUGAAUCUGGAGAAGCUGGAAGAGAUGGAUUUCUCCUUGUGCCGGAAUUUAGAAGGGAUGGUCCCUGAUGAGAUUUGUGGAUCGUCAUCCUUGGCAAUCCUGAACCUGUCCGACACUCAGAUUUGCGCCCUACCUGCAUGUCUAUCCCGCCUUUCUCGUCUCCAGAAGCUCGACAUCUCCAGAUGCUACAAACUUGAGAGCCUGCCCGAGUUGCCCGCUGGUUUGAUUAUUGUUCGUUAACACUAGGAUCUGCCUAAGAUUGGGAGCGAGUCCAGGAAUUAUUAGUC